CGAGAAUAUGUCACAGAAGGGCGACCCGCCACCCUACCAGCUUGUAGACCCCAACCCGCGAGGAAAAAAGCGUAAAGACGACCCGCCAGUAAAUAAGCGUAAAGACGACCCGCCACCCUCAAGACCCCCGAAAGGCAAGAAAGGGAAGAGAUAUGUUCACAUCUGGCAUUGCUGUGCAUGCGGAAAGGCAAGCAUUGGAAUUUUGGUCGAGUCGUGCCCAGACUGUAGCGUGUCAAGGUGUCCUUAUUGUAGGACAGAAAAGAUCAGGGUGCAGUGAUAGAUUGGAAGUGUGUUCGGUCAAGGGCGGAUUCGCGACGGACGAUGUUUGUUUGGGAGGAGAAGGUUUUCUGGGCACAAGCCUGUUGGCUCGGCUAACUCAGACUUUUAGCCCCCGGCCACCUGGGCCAGCCGUGCUUUAUCACGUGUUACGAGCUCGACUAGAACUAAAUAUUUAUACCUGAGGCAUGAAAUUAUCUGACGGAAGAGAAUGAGUUUGAUGACAAUGAUAUUUUAUUAAAUAAGAACUUCAAAACAAUGAUU